UAUUCAGUGGGUCAACGUCAACUUUUGUGUUUGGCGCGAGCGAUUUUGCGGAAAAAUCGAAUUCUCGUUUUGGAUGAGGCAACGGCCAAUGUCGAUCCACAAACGGAUUUGUUAAUUCAACAGACAAUUCGAGAGAAAUUCAUUGCAUGCACAGUUCUAACUGUCGCCCAUCGAUUGCAUACCAUUAUCGAUUCGGAUCGUGUUUUAGUGAUGGAUUCUGGAAGAGCAAGCGAGUUUGAUGAACCGCACAAUUUGUUACAAAAUAAAAAUGGCAUCUUCUAUGGUAUGGUCAAAGCCCUCGGAGAACAUGAAUUCGAACGCUUGUCACAAGUUGCACUUGAACAAUUCCAAUCAAAGCAAGCCGAUAAGGUGAAGACGACAACGUUAUGAAAAAGUAGAAACUAGAAAUUAAUUCCACACUAUUUAUGGAUUUCAAAUUGAUUUGAAAAUCGAAUGAAUAAAACAAACGUUUUUAGAUUACGUUGAGAGUUAUGACUUAAAAA